UCAUCUCUUGAUGGAAUGUUCAUUAGGUUACAUCCGAUUUGAAAUGGCAACAACAUGGCGGAAAUUGUGGGUUUAACCAGCUCUGCUGUCCUGGCUACUCACCUCACAAAAUAAAAUUAAAAUAUACUGUUUCUGGAAGUAUAUGGUGUGAGAGGGCAGAUAACGCUGUUUUUAUUGGUUUCAGAUCCCAUGGAAUGCUCCAGUGAAGAACUAUAAAAUCGGGUCCAGUUUUGUCUGACCUGUGAGAAAUCCUGCAGAAUGAACGCCAAAGCAACAGGGAUCCAUGCUUCCUUUCCAGACUUGCCUAAGGAUCGUGUUUUGUGCUCGGGGGCUGUUACAUUUCCAGGUGGCUUUGACCAGCAUGGAUGCCCACUGCUCAUGUUCCCUGUUCUUGAGCACAAUAAACUAAAUUCGGAUCUCAAGAAGGAAGAUGUUGUCAAAUUUAUUAGCUAUUUUUUGUAUUUGCAUAAUAAACACCAAGGAGGAGACUGCCCAAUUUCAGUGGUACUUGAUCUCAGGCAAGCUACACUGAAUACAACAAGAUUCAUCACUGAAACCCUUUUACUGGCCCAGGAAUCCGGGAAAACCAUUAACACUGUGUAUGCUGUCCAGCCCAAAAGAAAGGAUGUAAAAAAUCUUCUGUUAAAAUCUAUAGCACGGAGUCCAUCAAAAUCUCAUACUGCCUCUCCCAUUAAGUGUAUUCUCCUGAGUGAUGUCUCUGGACUCUUUAAUUACAUUGAUCGAAGUCAGUUGACUGCGGAUCUCGGAGGCUACCUUGUUUAUAGUCACAGGAACUGGGUCCUGUUCAUCAAGGAGAUCGAUGCCUUUGUGAGGGAGUUUUUUGCUGUGGUUGACAGACUGCCGUCGUGUAUUGCCCAUCUCCAGUCCUUAUCUCGGCAGCCCCUCCCCAAUGCCAUAGAGGAGUUGAAACUGUUCUGUUCCAAUAAUGAGGCUAGAUACAGUGCAUUGAGAAGGGGCCUUGGCCUCGAUGAGCUGCUGGGACGCUGUGACCGGAUCGUGGAGAAGCUACGCUGUCCAGACGCACACCUGUCCUAUCGGGCAAUGGCUGGAACAUCAUUGUUUGCGCAUACAGCCUUUGAAAUGCUGGAAAAUCACAACAGGAUAACGGCAGCAGUGGAUAAAGUGGAGUUACUGUGGCAACAGGCGCUCUCCAGGGCCCAGCUUCCAUUGAAGAACCUUCAGCACCGGCAAGAAGCUCUGCAGAUCAUUGAACGUAUUAAUACAAAAGGAAUUGAGAAGCUCCAGUCAUACAGAAUAGAAAUUGCUGAAGAUGCUGGCAAAGCAGAAAUCCUACAAUCAGAGUAUGAAUCAACAAUCUAUAAACCUGGAAUGGAGCUGAUUCAUCAUGCAGAGGAUGUGUUGCUGGGUCUCUCUGAGCUGAGGGGAGUGAUGGAGAGGGAUGGCAGAGAAGGAGCAGAGGAAGAUUGCACUGAGGAGUUGUACAGGGUAAAGGAAGACUUCCGCACAGCCAUUGAGCUUCCGCACCAGACUCUGAGGGCUGUCUGUGAUUUCUACUGCUUCUUAAAUCAAGCAGAAAGCUGGUAUAAUUUGGUCCUACACCAGAAUUUCUUUCAAGAUCUAUUAUGGAGAGGCAGCAUUGGAAGCGUUCAGCGAACACAGCAUCCACGAGAAGCAGCCGUCUGCGUGAGUCCAGCUUGGAAGCAGCAAGUCCACAGGUUCUUAAGGAAGAAUCCUUCCCCUAAAAUGGAUGAGUUGAUUCAGCUUGCACACCUGGCUAAUGUCAUCCCUGAUGCACGGCUAAAGAGGCUGGGGAAGCAACUGUCACGUCGUUGUCUGAUCAUCACAAAGCUGCUGACCUCUUGUGGAUCUGUUUCAUUGAAUGAAUUACACAGAGCAUUUCAGUGGCAGGAAGAAUUUCUGAGUAGCGCUGAAUUUGAUGGGAUUCAGCAAGAACCUUGCAAGCCAAUGCAGCCUGAUGGCAUCGGAGCACCUGAAAAGCAAUCUGUUGAAGAAUGUAUUUUAUCCAUUGGAUGUAACAACAAUGGCAGCAAUGAAUCCAAUUUGGGCUUGGCAUCCAAAAUAAAUUUGCUUACUGAUCACUGUGGGGAAGCACUCCCACCAACAUGGGAGUCUCCUAGUCACACACUCUCUAACCUCAUACUUAAAGGUACAAUUCCAUGCAGUCUGGCAGCAACAGGAAAGCCCCCUUCUUUGAGUUCCUUUGACUCGGGUAUUGAUGGAGCUGGGAGCUGCCACUUAGACCACAGGAUUGUUAAAGAAGCCUGGGAAAUGCCUAAUAGGCCCCCUGUGGCUCAGGAGAUUCCCACACCAGCUCCCCAAGAGCCUCAAAUUCACAAGGAGAUCGUUGGCAGCAUGUCUGACUCUGAGUGUCUUGAGGAUCUUAAAUUUCACUCUAAGAGGUGUGGGUCGAGUGCAAGGAUACAGAUCAUUCCAAAGAUCAUCUCCGGCUGUUUGAAUUUUGAGGUCAUGGUUAAAAGGUCUGCCAGCCUACCAAAAAACCCCUGGCUGAGUCUGCCUCUGGAUGACCUGGAGAACUCGUACACAGUCACCAUCACCCCAACAAGACCUUCGGCCAAGUGUGGGCUGCAGAGCGACCUGCUUGGAAGCCCUAAUGCAUUGCUGGAAACUACCCGACCUUUGGGUUCCUGCAGAGACUCCAGUGAUGGGAGAGAUCGCUCUGGGGAGACCCAGGCUUCUGAACAGGAUGCUGUCAGAGGUUUGGCUUUCACUGAGAGUGGCAUCCAGACGGAGGACAAGAGCCAUUUCCAGCAGGUGCAGAGAAUUUUGGAGAACUCCUCCGAGCUGAGUCCCAUUCGUAAUGUCAUGUCCAGCACCCUGAAUGAUACCCGUGACAAACCAAAUCAGUCCUCUUGGAUAGCCCACACACUGCUCUGGGAUAGCUAUGACCUGCACGCUUCCAGGAAACACCAUGAAGGCACAAGGGAAAGCAGUAUGGGAAGUUAUUCAGCGGAAAUGGAAUCCUUGUUUAAUGACUGGGACCUGAAAGAACAGGAAGAUCUCUGCGUUGUUGAGAAACUUCUAAUCCAAGCCGCAGACAUUCUGGAGGAAGAGGAGAGUGUGUUAAAACAAGAGGAAGUACUAGAUCUCCUUGUGAAGACUGACAGUAACAAGCAUUUUGAAAUGUGGAGCAUUGAGUCAGACCACAAUACAGACCAAAUGCAUGUGGUUCCCAUGUCUUCCUGUGAAUUGGUAGAAGCUGGUGUUCUUGGUUUUGAAGACGACUCUGGAACAAGCGGAAGUGACCAAGAAUCUGGAUAUUGCCCCACGAAUUCAGCCAUCACUCGUGACGUUCAUUCUGCGACAACUAUUGAUUUCAAUAAAACAGCUGUGGCCAGUCUGAAUGGGAGCAGGGCGUUUUCCAGCUCAUGCAGUAGUUCCCGUUUGCUCCAGGAACUGAAAGAGCUGCAUGUUAUAGAGGAGCAGAUUUUGGAAGAGAACCUGAAGAUACUCGAGCUACAGCGAUUUGAGGAAGCAGACAGAGCAGCCCCAGAGGAACAAGCUGUGGGGAGCCUGCUGAAUCCAAGCAAGGAAAGGGAGCUGUUCCUGAGGGAGCUGGAAAAGGAGAGAACCGAGGUAGAGAAGAUGGAAAAGAGUCUGGCCAGAGAGAGAGCAGAAAGGAAUACAAAAAUAAGAAACCAACUGCACAGUGGUUCCAGGAAAGCAGCCUGCAGUAACCCUCACCAGUCCUCUGAUCCUGCAGCACAGUCCAGAGCCAAGACGAGGCUUUCAGUGACUUCAGCUCUAACGAAUCGGAAGGCAGCUGUGAAUGCAGACAAGGGCACACCUCUGAGCAUGGGUCAUACAACAAACUGGCCCAAAGAGAACUGCUCCAAAAGUGACAAAGCAGAUUCUGGGGAAGGGAUUUCAAGGGAUUCUCUUGCAACAAUGACCUCCAUAAGAAAUGAUGGAUGUCCACGGACCCCUGAGAGAAAUGUGUCUUUUUGCCUAGAUGAACAGUCUCAAACUAAUGGACAGUUGGAAGGUUGUUCUUCUAUCCAUACUGUUGCCACUGGAGGUUUGCAGUGUGUGCUCCAGAGUUUAGAUCCUUUCAGUAGGAGCUGUGUCCCUGAGGAAAGCGGAGGAACGACCCAUUCCACUCCAGAGCUGCUUCUGACCCAGCCAGCGCUUGAUAUCCCAAGUGAAGAUACCCAGAAAACAGUGGAUCAAGUGCUUGAAAGCUGUGAGGUCAGUGCUACUGAAUCUGAGAGCAUGCCUUAUCUCACUGUGGAGAGGAACGAGAUACCAGUACCAGCUGCAAGGAGGAGGAGAGGCUGUAGAAAAGAGGAGCCUCCAGAACCUGUGGGUGAUCCGUUUGACUCCGGGAAAACUCCUGCUGCUGUUGUAGCCCCAAUACCAAAGCCAAGGAAAGCAUCUCUGCCCUCUAACACUGAUCCAAAAAACCAAGAGGAAAGACAAGCACCCAAAUGCGAUCAGGUAACCAUGACGGCAUCAGAUCCAGUCUCCCUGAAAGGUUGCACUUUUGAGCCUGUAAUACUGGAGAUUAAAAAACCCAAGCACCCUCCAAAACCCAAAGAGAGGAGGAAGAAGAAUGCUGUCCAGCAACAGAAAGCAGGUGAGGGAGAUUUAACGCUCGGCUGCAUUCUGUCUGAGAAGCAGCCUUCUUGUGAGGCAGACGCAUUUGUUACGGAGAUCCACAGAGAUGCCUUAACAACUCAAUCUGAAGUUGCAAACAAUGAGAGGAAUUCAGAGUCUUGUUCCACCCCUGCAUUGAAAUCUGACCAUCAUAUAGAACUGCAGGCAAGACAAGCAGACUGUCGUACUUGCAAGGACUCUGAAAUAACGAAGAGGUCCACAUCGGUUGAACCUGAAAGAGAAGGAUUUCGCUGGGACUGUGUGGAUGCAGUAAAGGGUUUCGGAGAAAGGAGCCACCAUGAUCCUGUGAUUGCAGUGCAUGUCAGUGGUUCGGUAGGAAUGCGUGCUGCACAGUGCCCACCAGUGCAUGACAGUCUUCGUUCUGAGUCUCUAAUAGAGGUCAGUGAUUAUAGAACACCCAUUGUUCUGGAUACUGGAUCCUCACUCAUGAAAGCUGGCUUUGCCGAUCAAGAUCUGCCAACCACCAUAUUCCCCACUGUAAUUGGAUGGCCUAAAUACAAGGAGGUUAUGAAUGGCAGGUUUGAACGAGAAGCCUACAUUGGACAUGAUGCCCAGCACAUGAGAGGAGUUCUGUCCUUAAAAUACCCCAUGCAACACGGGAUAAUACAAAACUGGGAUGAAAUAGAGAAGAUUUGGCACCACACCUUUCACCACCAGCUCUGUGUUGAUCCCGAGGAACAUCCAGUUCUGCUGACCGAGGCUGUUCUGAACCCUCAGGAGAACAGGCGGAGAAUGGUGGAAAUCAUGUUUGAAACUUUUCAUGUGCCGUUAACCUAUGUGGCCCUGCAAGCUGUCCUGGCACUCCUCUCCACAGGAAGGAGUACAGGUGUGGUCUUUGACUCUGGAGAUGGCCUUGGUCACAGUGUCCCUGUGUAUGAAGGAUACGGACUCCCUCAUGCCAUCCAACGCUUUAAUCUGGCAGGACAGGAUAUCACGCAGCAGCUCAAGAAGUUGCUGCAAGAGAGAGGCUUCUCGUUCAGAACCUCAGCGGAGCUGGAGAUAGUGAGGGAGAUGAAGGAGAAGUGCUGCUACGUGGCUCGGGACUACGAAGCUGAACUGCGUGGCUCGCGAGGACCCGAGACCCACACGGAGAUGUAUUACACACUACCUGAUGGGCAGGUCAUUAACAUGGGCAAUGAGAGGUUCAGGGCCCCCGAGAUAUUAUUCAAGCCAGAGCUGGUUGGAAGAGACCACUAUGGGAUGCAUGAAAGUGUCUUCCGCUCCAUCCUUCGCUGCGACAUGGACCUCAGAAGAACUUUCAUGGGAAAUAUCAUUUUAUCAGGUGGAAACACUAUGCUGUCUGGUUUGCCUUUGCGACUUCAGGAUGAAAUCCGAUCCAUGGUGGCUGUGGAUUUGUCGGACUCUGUGCGAGUGGCUAGCCCCAAGGAUCGGGACUUCUCAGUGUGGCGUGGAGGGGCUGUGCUCGCCAGCUUGCCUUCCUUCAGUGCUGCCUGGAUCAGCCAGGGAGAGUACGAGGAGUUUGGACCCGACAUUGUCUUCAGGAAGUGCUUUUGAUCAAAGACUUUUUUAAAGGGAUAACCACAUUCUAAUCAAGUGCAAUAUUUUUAAAGUGGCUAUCCUAUAUAGAUUCAUAUACAAAUUAUUUCUAUAAAUAUUGUAUCAAAUUUAUUUUUAUAUAUGUUUACGUUUUUGUGUUUUUGGCAUCAUGGCAAACUAAGCUAGGCAUACAAUCGCCCAGACAAUACUAUGGUGUAUAUUCAAUUGAUUUAAAUAAUACUGAUGGUUUUUAUCACUGGGACACGCAUGGUCCUAAAAUCUACCCGUACAUGGUUGUAUGUUGGUUGUAUUUUCUGUGUUCACUUUUAUCCCAGGGAGAAACUAUUUAUUGAAUGUGUGAAAUUUGUAUUGUUAUCCUUGCCCAGAGUUUAGAAUGUAGGGCUAUAUUUUCAAAGCGUUUUAAUCCUGUCUAGUUAUUUUACUUGGAUGUAUGAUACUAGUGAAGUAGAUACAUGUCUUUUCUCAUCUGCUGGUGAUUUAAAAACUGGAGCAAACUUUGAAAAUAUAACCCAUACCCUGUGUUUUCAUCUUGUGCUUUACAGCCCCCAGAGUGCCUUCUAAAUCAGUUUACGAUCCAGCACACACACUUUCACAGCCCUGAAGUAUUUGAUCUUAUUUUACCUUUUGAAACCAUUUCUUGGUUGGUUUGAUUUUUUUGUGUAUUUUAUUUGUAUAUUUGUGUCAACUUGGAUUUUCUAAGUAUCGUCUUGUUGUUGCUGUAGCUACACUAUUCCCUUGCAGGUCACCUAAACCCUUUUGUAAUUUUUGGAGAGAUACUUGUGUGCGUGUGUUUAUUUUUAUUAUUGUUCUAGUAUUUCAUGUAUAUGGGUUAAUUUGUAACUGAAUUCUAUUGGGCUGUUGCAGGCAAAUUUUCAAAUGAUAUUACUGAAUUCCUUGCAUUCUCUACCUUGCCCCCCCCCCCCCCCCCAUGGAGAAAUGCCUUUCUGUGUGCUGCUGCUCCAAGGUAUGUGUCUUGCAUGUGCAGCAGCGAUGUGUUUGCAUUAGUGUUAGAAAUUACUUUAAUAUCACAAAAGUGAGUACUUGUUGUCCACAUUCUAGUGCAUUAUGGUCUUGAAGUCUGUACACACAAUAAGGUUGGCUUGUAUAUGUUAUUUGUUACAUUAAAUUGUCUUGUGGGUGUUCACAAAUGUUUACUUGGGUAAAAUUGAGCUUUUCAUUUUAUUUUUUUAUUUAUUUAAAGAAAAAGUACUUUUAUACAUCACUUGCAUGUGUGUAGUAGAUGUUUGCUUUGUUUAUUUUAAAGCACUGUGGGUUUAAUCACUUUGUGUGUCGGGUGGUACAAGACCUAAGCACUGUUUAAUUAGUAGCCUCGCCAGUAUUGCGUAAAUACAAGUAGGCAUGUGAGCCAGGCUGAAUGUGCUCAGAUAGUUUUGUAAGAUCUGUGGAUAUCCCUUUUGCUUAAAGGGCCAGUUAGAGAGGGGGUUAAGGCCAUAAUGAAACAUGACCGUGCUGAUUAAUGCGGUUUUGCACGUGACACAGGAGCACUAGAUUUAGAUUGUGUGAAGUUUUUUUGAGAGGUAAUGUGUAAAUCUGUCAGCAGGAGGUGCUGUUGCGAUGCAGCGCUCUACUCUCACCAUGCACACACGGGGUUCUGUACAGGACUGCAGGGAAUUUGGAUGUUGAAAGAAAUAGAAGCUCAACGGAGUGUGAACAUGCCUUCUAGUUUCACCAGUUUAUUUAUUUUUUGUUCCAGUGUUCUUGACUUUUUUUUUUUUUUUUUUUUUUUUUUUAAACGGUAUAAGAUUGUGCAUGUUUAUUUUAUUCUGUAAACGUUUCUUAGAUAUGUAAAUACUUUUCAAUUUCAAAACUGUUUUGUGACGCUUGUUUAAUCAGGGAAAGGAGUAACAGGUAGUUGUCCAGUGUGUGUGUGCCUUUUUGUUUCUGUACAGAAGCUUCUUUUAGGUGGCAUUGGCUGCCCUUUUUUUUAUAAUAAAUUAUCUUAUUAACCAA